UAAUUGGAACAUAAUUGAAUCGACUGGAGUUGUAUUAGAUAGAUUUUUAACAUAAUUUCGGUGCAAAGCUAUCUCUCAAUGCAUUCCACACAUAAUCACAGUGUAUAUAUAUAUAUAUAUUAGAAUUGGAAUAUAAUUGAAUCGACUCAAGUUGGAUUACAUAUAUUUUUACCAUAGUUUCGCUCGAACAUUGCAAAAUGAAAUUGAAUCCAAAUCAGUGCAUAAAAAAUCAAAAAAACUAAAACUGCCAAUUUUCUCUUGAUAACUUUCCUUUCAUUUCAGCAUUUUCGUGGAAACUUAAUUAAUUUGAUAUCCGAGGUUUGAAUCUUAAUAACAUCAAGAAUUAAUUUUGCAUGGAACAACUCCUUUUCCUUCAAUUAGUUUGUGUGGAGGUUUGCAUAACUAGACACAGCCAUUCGCAGAACAUCAUCUUAUUUUCAAAGCUGGAAACUUUCCUGAUGAAACACACCGGCCCGUUCCCUUUUCAGAUAAGGGAUUUCAAUUUCCUUGUAAAGCCAUUGUGGACCAUCGCAAACCUUCAAAAAUCAAAACCUUCCCUGUAUUAUAUAAACCCCCAUAACCCCUCUUCAUUUCUUUCAUCAACACACAGACACAGUUUCUUAUCUGUACACAGAACACAGAAACCACAGGGUUACUCUGUAUCUUCUAUAUUCCUACACAGGAAACACAGUUUCCCUCUCUAACCACAUGGCUUCAUCAUCAUCAUCAGACGAGUCUAGUAAAAGGUCAGUACUGUUCGUUCGGAUGAUUCAUUUUGGAAUUGAAAUUGGAGUGGCAAUGAAGGUGAUGGCAUUUUGGAUUUGGCUAGAGACACAAGGGUUUCAAGAAAUUAUGAGAAAGAUCUUACUUCAUGAUGAUAAAUUCUUGACUCUACUAGCCAAAGAAGCUGAGGAUAUUCUGUCAUUUCUGAAACAACUAUCAAAAAAUCCCAUAUCACCAGAUUUGAUGCGUUUCACUCCAAAGUUAGCCGAACAUUUCUUGUCUCUCAAUGUCAUCCUUGCUGAUAAAGAAAAGGCCUUAAAGGGUAUCACAGAGAUCUAUAAUGGAGUCUGUUGUGUGGUCUUGAAGGAUAUUUUAGAAAGGAUGGGAAACCAAAUAACCGAGGGGAAUUUUAGUCCCCUGCAAAAAGUUAAGAAAUUGGGUUCCGAGAAAGAUGGCAGCAGAGCAAAACCAAUUGCACCAUAUGUUGGUUCCAAGCUGAACCCUUCAGCCAAAGAGUGGAAUCCUGUGACAGAGAGAGCAGCCGAGGAAAAUAGAUGUUUGUUCUUGACGUUCUCAAAUGGAUACCCUCUCACUGAAAGUCAAAUCUCCAGGUUUUUCACAAUGAAUUACGGGUCAUGUGUGGAAAGGGUGUACGUGCAUUGGCCUGAGCCGAAGGAUCAAGGUGCACCACCGCUGUUCGGGAAAGUGGUCUUCACUGCGUCUUAUAUACCAGCCAUGAUCUUGAAUGGAAAAACUGAAGCCAAAUUCUGGGUCGAUGCUAAACCUCUUUGGGGCAAGAGGUUCAACCCCAAGAAGAGGAGUGGAAAGAAAUAAUUAUUCUAGUGUCCCGCACCAAAUUUAUUAUUCAAAAACUUUGUGUUGUGCUCUUAUUUAAAAUUAAAAAGUGUAUUUGUUCUUAGUAUAAUCUGUUGUUU